UUCACCAGGUCCCCCACUUCGCAGCUGCACCACUGCUUCUGUCAUUGUCAGGCGUAGUAUACCACUAUAACUCUUGGUGCGGCCGACAUCUUCCUCGCCUAUCGCAUAAUACAAUGAAGGCACACUUGCGGGGCGUCGGACAGCACAGAUCCCUUGCCUCAGUUGGGCUAGAACGAAGAGCUCCCUUCAACAUUCGUUGCUUUAGAAAUAGUCAAAAAUCCUGUUAUGCCUUGUUGAAGGAUGCCGACGGGCGAAAUCCGCUUGCGGGAGCGGACGAAUUACCGCUUCUGGGAAAGCGCAUCAUUGUUACAGCCCCCAGGCAAUACAGUCAGAAGCUCUGCGCCAAGCUGGUCAACUCGGGAGCUCGUCCACUUGUCGUACCUGCAGUUCAAAUCACUGAAUUGCCUCCCGAGCACCGGGCACAGAUGCUUGAAGAGCUGCAUAGGCUGCUGCUGCGGCCUCACUCGUCCACCAGCACCGCUACCACUGCCGCUUCCACUGCAAGUCCUGCUACCCCUACCCCUGCCACUACCAGCAGCCACAGCAGCCACAGCAGUCAUCACAGCACCCGCUGCGAACCCGCCAUCAGUCACAUCGCCUUCACCUCCCGCAACGGCAUCUUUGCUUUCAUGCAGGCACUAGGGGCGGCGCUGGGAGGUAUCCCCGCUGCGGUGGGCUGGCUGGGCGGCAGCGGCAUCCGGCUGUGUGCACUGGGGGCGGACGGGGAGGUGCUUCGGGAGCUGGGGCUGAUCGUGCAUGUGGCGCCGCAGGAGGCCUCCACUCAGGGUCUGGUGCGGGAGCUGGUGCAGCGCGGGGAGGCAGCGGGGGCGCGUGUGCUGUGCCCGGUGCCGUUGGUGGCAGGAGGACUUGUGGAGCCACCCGUGGUGCCGCGCUUCCUGCAAGCACUGCAGGACGCCGGCGCGACGCCCCUGCGUCUGUCCGCCUACCUGACCUCGCCCGCCUGCUCCCCGCAGCAGUGCAUCACCGAGCUGGGGGCGCUGCGGGCGGGCCAGGUGGCCGCCAUCGCAUUCAGCUCCACUGCGGAGGCUCAGGGGUUGGUUCAGCUGGUGGGCGGUACGGCAGCGCUGGCCGAGAUUGUACGGCAGCACGGGGUGGUUCUGGCGGCACAUGGCCCGUACACGGCGGCAGGGGUGCGGGAAAGCACGGGGGGCCUGGAGGUGGGGGUGGUGUCUAGAAACUUUGCUAGCUUUGAUGGGUUGGUUGCGGCUCUGGAGGAGCACUUUUCUCGGUGAAGAAAAAAGAAGAAAAAAUAAAAGUGAAUGAAGACGGUGCCUUGGUGAAGAAGAAAUAUUACCGGUACUGGAAAGGAGACGGAACGAGGACGGAGAAGAGGGGAGGAUGGCUGUAAGGAGUGCUGGGGAGGAGUCAUGAACUCAUGAUGUGCGGGUGCGGGUACGGCAGACUUAGGGAGGGGCCAGGUGCCCGGGCAUGUGGUGGUGGAGUCAGACCUCCUCUUGCCUGCAGUUACCGUACAUUGGCAGGGGGGCAGGUGGAGGUAAAGAGAUUCAUGCGAGCCCCCGACAUGUCGCACCUUUUACCGGUAAUUGCACCGAAAGGCCUAUUGCAGACGAGGCGUAAGCGAGAGACUAUAUAUAGAGAGAGACAUACAGUACACGUGUGCGUCUGAUGCGUAAAUUCCAACAGGGCAUUGCGCCUGCAUGUGCAUCUAGAUAUCGCCCAUAACACAACUAGAAUUGUUUUAGCAAAAAGUAAGCGCGCGCCUAUUAGAUACACGUUUCCCUGGCGCCCGUUUUCCAAGUCCGCAAAAUUACAUCUGCAUUUGAACCACUAGCAC